CCUGCUUGUACUUACGCUGCAGCAGAUGCCUCAUCACAAGCAACCGUUUCAGAGAUUAACUUUGCUAUAAAGAAGCCAUAUAUCGCAACUUUUCUCUCACCUUUGGUUUAGUGUGCAGUCAUGACAACACUGGAUGAUAAGAUACUAGGAGAGAAGCUGCAGUAUUACUACAGCAGCAGUGAAGAUGAGGAGAGUGACCACGAGGAAGAGGAGAACGCUUCCAAAACCAUCCGCGACCAGGAAGUGCUGGACGUGGAAAUCGACUACAGUGCAGAUGGCAGUUCGGUCAACACUGGUCCAAAGGGUGUGAUUAAUGAUUGGCGGAAAUAUAAGCAGCUGGAGAAUGAGCAGCGUGUGGAACAGCAGAAAGAGAUGGAGCGACUCAUCAAGAAACUCAGUAUGACCUGCAAAUCACACCUGGAUGAAGAGGCCGAUAAACAGAAAGAGAAAGAUCUGCAAGACAAGAUCGCAGGCAAAAUGCCCCUUCAUGUGGAUGAAGAAGAUGAGGAUGAUGAUGAUGACGAGGCCUUCCUCCAGCAGUACCGUCUGCAGCGUAUGGAGGAGAUGAGGCGACAACUCUGUGGGGGGAGGCGCUUUGAGAAGGUGAUUGACAUCUCCUCUGGGGAGGAGUUUCUGGACGCCAUCGACGAAGAGGGCAAGAACACUCUGGUGGUGGUCCACAUCUAUGAGCCGGAGGUACCCGCCUGCCAGGCCAUGGAGGGCAGCCUGCUCUGCCUGGCUCUACAAUAUCCAAUGGUGAAGUUCUGUCGGGUCAGGGGCUCUGCGGUGGGCACCAGCGCUCUGUUCCGCAGCUCAGCUCUGCCAGCCCUGCUGCUGUACCGCGGAGGGGAGCUGGUGGGCAAUUUGGUGCGUGUGUCUGAUCAGCUUGGCGAUGAUUUCUAUGCCACAGACGUCGAAGCGCUGCUGCAGGAAUUCGGCCUGCUUCCAGAGAAAUACACACAGCCAAACAUGCACUCGUCUAUUCGAAACGCAGCUGUCCCUCACCCCAGUGACUCAGACAGCGACCUGGAUAUAGACUAAAUGCGACGAUACAACUGUUUAUAUACACACACACACACACACACACACACACACAUACAUACAUAUAUAUGAUUCAGACCCAAUACAGUGACCAAAACAAAGUGGUUGCAAAUGCACAUUUGAAUUCCAAGAUCCACACUACUGUAAACUUUUUUUUUUUUCCUCCCCUUUUUCUCCCCAAUUUGGAAUGCCCAAUUCCCAGUGCGCUCAAAGUCCUCGUGGUGGCGUAGUAACUCGCCUCAAUCUGGGUGGCGGAGGAUGAAUCUCAGUUGCAUCCGCACAUCUUAUCACGUGGCUUGUUGAGCGCGUUACCACGGAGACAUAGCGCGUGUGGAGGCUUCACGCUAUUCUCCGUGGCAUCCACGCACAACUCACCACACGCCCCACCGAGAGCGAACCACAUUUUAGUGACCACGAGGAGGUUACCCCAUGUGACUCUACCCUCCCUAGCAACCGGGCCAAUUUGGUUGCUUAGGAGACCUGGCUGGAGUCACUCAGCACACCCUAGAUUCGAACUCGCGACUCCAGGGGUGGUAGUCAGCAUCUUUACUUGCUGAGCUACCCAGGCUCCCCGUAAACAUUUGAUCUUUAUAAAAACGUUACGCCUCACAGAUCAUGAUUAAUGGACCAAAAGAAUAGACCUGAUGUAUGUGCGUGUGUUAUUUCAGAAAACUCCAGAAUCGGGAGUGUUUCUCUAUGCAAACAAAAAUGCAAAGGCCUUGUGAGUACCCUGCAUUGAUGUUUCACUAUUUAUUCUAGUUUUAGAAUUAUGUGUUUGUUUAUUUGUGUUUACUCUACUCUUAGUUUGCUUUACCCUCUGUUAGUUUUAUAAAUUUUAUAAACAUAUCCAUAAAGAUGAAUGCAAAAAUAAAAACAAAAAUAAAAACCCAAUUCUGAUUU